GCUCCUCUCUUCGUCCCUGGAGGGUGAAUAUUGCGCAUGCGCACCCAAUGUAACAAGAUGGCGGAAAGUGCGGAACUGAAGCAAAUGGUAAUGAGCCUACGAGUUUCAGAGCUCCAGGUGUUGUUGGGAUACGCAGGACGGAAUAAACACGGGCGAAAACACGAACUCUUGACCAAAGCCAUUCACCUCCUCAAAGCCGGCUGCAGCCCCGCAGUGCAGAUGAAAAUCAAGGAGCUCUAUAGGCGGCGCUUCCCCACCAAAAUGGUAUCGCCACUGGACCUCGCCCUGCCCACUGUCCACUCCUCUACCAGCCUACCGACUGGCCUCACUCAGUUGGGGUUUGACAGCCACGGUGCUCCGUCUCCCCUGCUCCCCGUCUCCCUACUGGGGCCCAAGCACGAGCUGGGCCUGGCUCACCUGCCGUCGGCUCUGCACCCGGUACACCCUGACGUUAAGCUCCAGAGACUGCCCUUCUACGACAUGCUAGACGAGCUCAUCAAGCCAACCAGCCUGUCCUCUGACAACAGUCAACGAUUCCAGGAAACAUGUUACGCGUUUGCACUGACACCGCAGCAAGUGCAACAAAUCAGCAGCUCCAUGGACAUCUCUGGUACCAAAUGUGAUUUUGCGGUUCAGGUCCAGUUACGUUUUUGUUUAUCAGAGACGAGCUGUCCCCAGGAGGACCAUUUCCCUCCCAACCUUUGUGUGAAGGUGAACGGAAAGCCCUGCACCCUGCCGGGAUAUCUCCCUCCAACCAAAAAUGGAGUGGAACCAAAAAGGCCCAGUAGGCCCAUAAACAUCACCUCUCUGGUGAGGCUGUCCACCACGGUCCCCAACACCAUCGUGGUCUCAUGGACCUCGGAAAUUGGCCGGAGUUUCUCCAUGGCUGUGUAUUUGGUCCGGCAGCAGACGUCCACUGUGUUAUUGCAAAGACUACGGGCCAAAGGAAUCAGGAACCCUGACCACUCCAGGGCUCUAAUAAAAGAAAAGUUAACCGCUGAUCCCGAGAGUGAAAUCGCCACAACCAGUCUACGAGUGUCGCUCCUCUGUCCACUAGGGAAGAUGAGGCUGACCAUCCCAUGCAGAGCGUUGACGUGCUCACACCUGCAGUGCUUCGACGCUACGCUGUACAUCCAAAUGAAUGAGAAGAAGCCCACCUGGGUGUGUCCGGUUUGUGACAAGAAGGCCCCCUACGAGCACCUAAUAAUAGACGGGCUUUUCAUGGAGAUCCUGAAUAGCUGCUCAGACUCUGAUGAGAUUCAGUUUGUUGAAGAUGGGAACUGGGCCCCUAUGAGGUCAAAGAAGGAGGUCCAGGAGGUGUCUGGCUCCUACAACGGGGUCGACUCGGAUUCGGCUCGAACCGACAGCUCGGAUCAGAAACACGGUUCCAACCACGACAACAAAAAGGUAGACGUGAUCGACCUGACGCUGGACAGCUCCUCAGAGGAGGAGCUGGACGACGAGCCCCCUCCCAAGAGGCCCUGUCCCUCGCUGUCGCCCCAGUCUCCUCCCGCGACCAAGGGAGUGUUGAACCUCCACUCCCAGGCGUCCCCUGUGAGCCGAGCUCCCAGCAUGCCCCCUGUGGAGACCAGCUACAUUCCACCUCCUCCACCUCUCAUUCAAGACUACCGCCAUUACUACCACACACCCAGUGACCUGCCAGAUUUAAAUUUCUUCUCCUUUCUACAAGGCGACAAUCAGCAUUACAACAUGGUGAUGGCGGCGGCGGCGGCGGCGUCCGCCUCCACCUCGGAGGACCACGACCUGCUGCUCAACCGCUUCCUGCCCUACGGCUCGUCGCAGAUGUUCCUGGAGCAGCCCUCCACGCCGGGCAGCAGCACGCUGGCCGCCACCAACGGGGGCAGCAACAGCGGCAGCACCAGUAGCCUGGUGUCCUCCGGCAGCCUGCGGGAGCGCGACAAAGACCGGGAGAGGGACCGCGACCGCGACAACCACUCCAUCUCGGGCAUGUCGAGGUCGUCGGCGGAAGCGGCGGCGGCGGCGAUGUACGGCUCCAUAUCUGACGUUAUCUCCCUGGACUAGAGCCGCAGGCGACCAGACACACACACACACAUGUGGACCCGGACACACACAGGGGACCGGAUACACA